AUGCUAGGCCUCGGCUUGCGGCGCCUGCCCGCCGCCACCGCGCGGCAGGCGGCGCGCACGGUCGCGCGCGCAGCGUCCUCGUCCUCGCCGCAGGUGGACCCCUUCAAGCUCGCAGCAGACCUCCUCGCGCGCGCCGACCAGGUCCGCGACGUGGGCUUCGAGGCCUUCGAGCUCGCGGUCCAGACGGGCCCCCGCCGCGCCGCUAACCGCUCCCUCAAGGCGGCGGUAGCGCUCUCGGAGCUGGGCGCGGAGCUCGCGGGCACCGGGACGCUCCCGACGCAGGCGGAGCUCCCGGCGCUGCUGCGCCGGCUGUUCGAGAAGCUCGGCACGACGUACAUCAAGCUCGGCCAGUUCAUCGCCUCGAGUCCCACGAUAUUCCCGGAGGAGUAUGUCCUGGAGUUUCAAAAGUGCCUCGACCAGACCGAGCCGGUGCCGUACGAGACGAUCCGCGCGAUCGUGCGCGAGGAGCUCGGGCGGCCGCUCGAGGAGGUCUUCGAGUACAUCGACCCGCGCCCGCUCGCGAGCGCGUCCGUCGCGCAGGUGCACGCCGCCGUCCUCAAGGGCUCCGGGCAGGACGUGGUCCUGAAGGUGCUCAAGCCGGGCGUCGAGGACGUGCUCCAGGUCGACCUGAACUUCCUCUACGUCGCCGCGCGCGCGCUCGAGAUCGUCGCGCCGGAGCUCUCGCGCACGUCGGUGGGGAGCAUCGUGCAGGACAUUCGCACGUCGAUGCUGGACGAGGUCGACUUCCGGAAGGAGGCGCAGCACAUCGGGGACUUCGCCAGCUUCCUCAACGCCAGCGGGAUGCGCCAGGUCGCGACGUGCCCGGAGGUGUACCGCCAGUUCUCCACGCGGCGCCUGCUCGUCCUCGAGCGGCUGUACGGCGUCGCGCUGACCGACCUGAACGCCAUUCGGUCCAUCACCACCGCGGACCCGGAGACCGUCCUCAUCUCCGCGCUCAACACCUGGUUCGGGUCGGUGAUUGGGUGCUCGACGUUCCACGCCGACGUGCACGCGGGCAACCUGCUCGUGCUCAAGGACGGCCGCGUCGGGUUCAUCGACUUCGGCAUCGUGGGGCGCAUCUCCCCCGGGACGUGGAACGCGGUGCAGGCGCUGCUGACGUCGACCGCGUCCGGGGACUACACCACCAUGGCCAAGGCGCUCGUGACGCUCGGCGCCACGGACGCCAACGUCAACAUCCCCGCGUUCGCGCGCGACCUCGAGGAGCUGUUCACGCAGAUCGAGGACAUGGACUCGCAGAUCGUGGUGACCGCCUCCGAGGGUCCGGGCGGGGACGUGAGCAUGGGGGCGUCGGUGGCGGUGGACGACGCGCAGAUGAACCGGUUGAUUUUGGACGUGGUGCGCGUCGGCGAGGUGCACGGGCUGCGGUUCCCGCGCGAGUUCGGGCUGCUGUUGAAGCAGCUGUUGUACUUCGACAGAUACAUCCGGAUCCUCGCGCCGGAGAUGCAGGUGCUGAGCGACAGCCGCGUGAAGCUCUCGCGGUCGCCGUUCGCGACGAUGGACUGA